AUGGGGCAUUCGGUGACUACCGGAUUUUCUGUUAUGGCUCAACGCAAACAGGGUCCUCCUCCAGGCUUCUCAGGACAUUCUCCACGCCGUUCUCUAGAUCAUCUCUGCAAAGCGGAACAAAUAGAUGGUUUACUGAAGCAAGGUGAAACACAUGAGCAGCAUGUAGAUUUGAUGAAUAAACAAGUCAGCCAGCUUCAUAGCACACUAGAGGAAAAGGAGCAACUUAUUGUGCAAUAUAAGGAACGAGAGAAGAAUCUGGAAGAACAGAUCACAGAGAAUCUUGCAUCGCUGACUGCUGCUGAAAUUAAACUUGUGGAAGAUAAGAAGCACUAUGACCUCAUGCUUGAGAGUAAACAACUAGAACUGUCAAGGCAUUUGAAAGACAUAUCUCAGAGGAAUGACCAGGCAAUUAAUGACAUCCGGAAGAAGUAUGAGGUGGAGAAGCUGGAGAUAGUUAACAUGGAAAAGCAAAAGGCAGAAAAACUUGUUCGAGAAAGGGCGAUAGAAUGUGAGAAAAAACUUGAAGAAUGCAGAGAAGAAUCUGGGCAGCACUUAAUGCAUGUUCAGGAGGAACAUACUGCGCUGGUCAGUAGUCUUCAGCAGGAGCAUGAUAAAAAGGAACGAAGUAUAAAAGCUAAACACAGUGAAGAGCUAAAGCAGAUCCAACUUCAAGCUGAAAACGAGUUGAGAGAGAAAAUUACAUCAAUGAGGAAUGAACAUGAAGCCCAACUGAAAGCUUUGAGGCUUCAGCAUGAAGAUGAGAUUAAGAAGCUUCAGGAGGACUUGGAUCUUCAAAAGUCCAAAGAGGAGAAGCAGAGGGCAUUACUGCAAUUGCAGUGGAAAGUUAUGAGUGAUAAGCCAGAAGAGGAGCAAGAAGUGAAUUCAAAGAAGGAAUACUCAAUUUCGUCAAGGAGAAACCCUGUUGUGAGAAGGAGAGGUCAGCGUUCUCUGAGAAGACCAGAGCAUGAGAAAGAUUCACCUCUAGUGGGAGCAAAACAAACACCUGUGUCAACACUGUUGAAGAAAGCUUCAGAGAAUAUCAAUUCACCAACUGUAAUGAAUAUUUCAAAGCACCACAAAAAGGUAAUUCGUGACGAAUAUGAAGUUGAAACUGGUAAUGGAAGAACUAUUAAACGGAAAUUAAGAAGCACAGUCAUGUUUGAGGAUCCAAGAAAACAUAAGAGGACAAGUACACCAAAAGUCAAAAGCCCCAGGAGUGUGGUCAAGGGAUCUAAGGGAGAGGGUCAACCACGUCCUUCAAACAUCGUUGACCUGUUUUCUAAAGGGUCUCUGAAUCCAUAUGCUGAUGAUCCAUAUGCAUUUGAUUAA